CCUCUAUUGGAUUCAUUACUUUGGAGUUACCUGUUGAAUCACUGUUUUGAAGUUGUAGUUGCUUUUGGAGUUGUCAUGGCUUUCAAUAUAUCAUCGCUUUUGGUGUUGCAAGGCUUUUGGUAUGUCAUCAUUUUUGGUGCUCCUUUAGUAUUGCUAGAGUUGUCAUUUUUGGUGUUUUU